CCGACACACAAGCACAAGAAGUGAGUGGAGAAGAAGAAGAAGAAGACACAGCAGCAGGUGCAAAAAGGAGUGUGGCGCGAAGGUGGGGGAGAAUAAGAGGGCACUGUGUGCACGCACGCACAUCGGGUGGUCGUGGCAGCUGACAGACAGUGCACACGCGCUCGCACCACACACACGCAGUUCUUUCCCCGAUUGCUUGCCGCGCAUCCAACAGGCGCAAGUGCGUUUGAUCUGUUUGUAUUUGAAGGUGUCCACACGAUUAGACUGUGGAGCCUGUGCUUUGAUAGCCAAAGCGCACACGGACGUGCGGACACAACGAGACACACAUCACACAUCACACAUAGCGCACACGCUCGCGCACACACCUCACACAUAGCACAUACGCUUGCAUACAACAUCGACAGCCAUGUCAGACAUGGAUGUCGAUCCGCCCCAGCCCAAGCAUGGGCAGGAAGAAGGUGGGCAAGAACAACAGCAACAGCAAGAUCAGCAACAAGAGCAGUCGCAGCAACAGCAGCAGCCUGAGGCUCCCGCAACAACCCUGCCGAUGGACCGCAUCAACGAGCUCAAAACACAGCUCCGCCUCGGAGUGCGCAUGGCAAUCGACGAGCAGAGCCAGCUGAUGGGUCUGCUCAAUUCGCUGCUGCAAGCCCAAGAGCGAGGCGAGUGUGACGACAGCUGCGAGACGUUUCUGAAGGAUGUCCUGCUGCCGUGCAUCUUGACCUGCCUCAACAGCGAGCAGCUUCUCAAGUGGUCCCCAGAUUACCUGGUGGACAUUCGCCAGCUGUUGAUCAAUUCCUUGGACGCACUCAUUCCCCGCAUGGACAGCGACGACACACAGUACAUCCGCGUCACAGCGCAGAUGAUGAACUAUCGCACGCUGUACCACCAGCAAGUCUGGUGUGAAAAGUCCAUGUCCGCGCCCCUGAACGGGCCGGAUGAGGUGUACGCGCUGUUCAGCGUGGACACGGAGACGGAUUCGCAGUAUGGCUUUCUCAUUGACAUUUGCGACGCAUUUGGCGUCAAGGGCGGCUUCAAGCGUGCUCUGCAGAUUGUCACUAAUCCAGAAUCCAGCCUGGUGCAGGUGGUCUUGGCCGCCAGCUGCACUUUCUUCAGCGGCCAUCUCCCAAGCGACAUGUGUCGGGAACAGUUUGUGUAUCCGAUGUUUGACAAGAUGUACGACCGGGUGCUCAACGCAACGCUGAAGGAGCUGCGCCCGCUUGUGCCGGAGCUCGUCAAGGACAACGGCAUUCUCAGCGCCAUCCGCAACGCAAAGCUGGUGCUGGCUGCUCGUCAAGACAUUGAAGUCAACCGAGUCCUCGACAACCUCCACCUCGCUGUCAUCGACAAGAUGCUACGCGUGCAAUCGUUCAACGCAACCAUGUAUGCACUGGACGAGCUGAAAGGAUUGAUCCACCGAAUCAACGCCCAGAGCAAGCCGGACGCGCGGUUCCAGUUUACUGCUGUGACGGCGGGCGAGCUGACGGACUGGAUGGCGGAGAAGAAGCUGCUGGAACUGCUCUUCAGUGACAACCUGCACAAGACGUCGUACGUCAACCGCGUGCAGGAGAUUGUGCGCUUCACCGCCACGACCCGCCUGACCCUGCAGGACCUGGAGCUGAUUUGGAAGGCGCAGGAAGGCAAGCACGGCGUGAUUGUGGACAAUAUUCACGACCUGCUCGCCCACCUGGCGUACCACUUUGGGCCGGAGCAGCUCGACCACCUGUUCAGCCUGGUGCAGGCCAGUUGGGGCGGCAGCGACCAGAACAUGAUGCGUCUGCUGCGCCUCAUCCAGCGGCUGGCGGAGGAGGACGCGGCUGGCGAGAUGGCGCACAAGGUGAUGGAGGUGGUGUGGUCGCUGGCCCACAACCCGGACACCUCGCACGAGAUUGCCGACGAGGCCGUGGCGUCGAUGGUGAAGAUCCUGCAGGGGCGCUUCUUCCACGACGCCUCUGGCGCGGACGUCAACAAGUGGCUGGACGCGUGCCUGCGCGAGCUGAAGGAGCAGCGGUGGGUUGUGCCGGCCAUGCGCAUGAUGGAGGCCCUGCUCGACCUCUUCUCCCGCCACUCGGACUCGAAGCACGCGUCCCCGCGCGACGUUGUGCUCAACAGGCUGCUGCGGCAGGGCCUGCAGGACGCCGUGCUGGACCUGUGUGAGGCGUACCAGGAAAAGGCCAAGCAGCGGCUGGAGGCGCUUGGCGGCGACGAGAAGGCGCUCGACAACACGGUUGUCUUUGAGAUGAGCACGCACCGCGCCACCAUGCAGCAGCUGCACAAGCUGCUCCACUUUAUUGUGGCGGAGCGGGAGUCGUACAUGGCGCUGGACGAUGCGGUGCGCCUGUGGCUGAUGCUUGUCGAGGGCGCACCCACGGCCAAGGACAGGACGGCGGGCCUGCGCUGGUUCUCGCGCGUGCUCGUGCCAGACCCGGACCUGGAUGCUGACGCGCAGCGGUUCCUGUUGGAGAACCACCUGCUGCACAUGGACCUGGAGACCAUGCCCAUCACUGCCAUCAAGUGCGUGCUCGGCAUCUUCUUCAACAUCAACACAGAGGAGCACGUGCUUGAGCGCAACAGCUCCGGGCAUGUGCACGUCUACGAUCCCUCAAACAUCUGGCAGCUGGACUGCUUGUGGGAGCUUGCCUGCAGCCAUGCUGAGGAGACGGUGGCGGCGCUUGUCAUCAGGAACCUCAUCCAGAUCUUCACGGGCCUCACCAACCAGGACCCGCUCGGCAUCGUCAACAGCUGCCUCGACAAAGUCAACCGCACACUCAUAGAGGACACCAAUGGCCGCCCUGAUUUGGUGGAGCGAAAGGCCGUUCGCGGCCUCGACAUUCUUCGGCGGUUCCUCACCCACUUUGACGUGAUGCAUGACUUCCCGCGCGUUCAUCCCCCCAUUAUCAUGGCGCACCUCGGGCUUCCCUGCAAGGUCCACGCUGUGAGUCAAGAAGGGUGGUCACUGUCCGUGGAGCUGACGUCCACGUCCUCCGUUGCCCUGCUGCGCAUGCGCGUGUGUCGGUUUGCGAAGAUGUCUGGCGACCGGUUGCAGCUCUCCUUCCAGGACCGCGUGCUCUCUGCGCGCGACGACCACUCCACGCUGGCCAUGGUCGGCCUCUACCACGGCGCCAUUAUCGAGGUGGAGACGGUUGCAGACUCAAAGUGCCUCGACAUGUGCCCGCAGCCAAACGCCCGCAAGGAGGAGAAGCUGCCGAGCAGGGCGCUGUCGCAUUCCAAGCAGCACCACGACAUGCUGCGCCGGUUCCUGUUGGAGGACGUGCCGCCCGCCGUGCAGGACGCGGCGAUGCGCGUGCUGCUGCACCUGCCUGGUGACCUCGAUCUCCAGCGCACCGUGUUUGCUACGGUGGUUGACCAGCAGCAGAGUAUCUCGCCGCUGUUUGAGGACGCCACGCUGCCGCUGCUGCAGUACCGCCUGUUUGUGCUGUGCAGCGUGCUGCGGCCCUCGCGCCCAGACACGUUUCCCAAGGCCGCGAUCCAAAGCUUCAAGGCGCUGUUCUGGUCGUGCUUCGGCGUCGACGACGUGCUUCGUCUGCUGCAGGCCCUGACAUCCCCGCUUGGCGAGGAGACCAACCCGUUCCGCUACUCCACGGCGAUGCGCGCCUUGCAGGCGCUGCUCGUUGUUGUGCACGAGCUGGUUGACCGCUCGCUCGCCAUUGCCAAGGAGGCCGGCGACGACCAGGCCAACACUGCAGGCUCUACCACCAGCGCUGGCAAGAACAAAAACAAGGCCUCUGGCGUGGACGACACGUGCACGCCGCCGCUGUCGCCGGCCAAGGCAGCAAAGGCCAGCGAGGCCGCCGGGCCGUCAACCCCACAGCGCGUGCCGUCAGAGCAGUCAAAGGCGCAGGCGCAGGCCGUUGCACAGAGCGCCGACGUGGAGUCGCCGCUGAAGAAGCACGCCGGUGAGGGCAAGCGCUCCUCCGACUCCGCCACAGCCACGACCACGGCCACGGCAAGCAGCACCAGCACCGACGCAGCUGGAACAGCAGCAACGGCCGUGGUGUCAGCACCCUCUGGCGCGUCAUCUUCGUCGGGUUCCACAAGUUCCGGCGUUGCCAAGGGCCAGCGCCACGCCCAGCAGCAGUCUGGGGCGUCCUCGCCAACCUCCUCGCGUUCACCGCCCACGCCCGCGUCGGCAUCGUCACGCUCGCCUUCGUCCGAGUCGAGCCCACUGGACCAAGCCCUGUCCGCGCAGCAGCAGCAGGCGCUGUUGGAUGCGCUCCUCACCGUGUUUCGUGCGGUGUGCGACCCGACAGAAUUUGGCGCGCGCAUUAACAAGGACACCGCUGCCGACAACCUGCCUGUGGCCAUGGACCUUGUGUAUUUAUUCAAACGCAUCAGCAACCUGAGCAGCCCCAUCUGCGCGUCGCUGGUUGCGGCGUGGUCCACCCCAGACAUGCUGCGCCUGCUCACGCUGCGGUGCCCGUAUGCACACGUGCGCAGUGUUUGCGUGCGCCUGCUUUGUGAUGCCGUCAAGGACCUGCCUGCAGCGCAGGGCCCGCUCUGGCACACGGCGUCCAUGCUGUUGGAUGAUUGCCAGGACCUUCAAGGCACGUGCGAGUGCGACCACUUUUUCCAGCUGUUCAGCUGCCUCGUGCUUCUGCCCGACGUGGACAUACCGGAAGCAGAGCUGCUCUCCCUUGCCUCAAAGCAGGUCACCUGGCUCGAGGCGUUUUGUGCGGAUCCCUCUGAUGCAGCAGCGCGGCAGGAUGUGCUUGCGGGUCGCCUCAAGCUCAUCGACGCUAUCCUCUCCCGUCUCUCCACCGUUCCCCCGCAGCUGCACGAAGGGUUUGUGUGCGGGAUGCUGAACCACCUCCUCUUCCGCUGCGGCCGCUACCUGGCCGACCUGCGCGCCCUGCCAGAACUGCCAUCCGAUCUGGCUGUUCCUGAGUUUGCGUGCGACUCGGAGAAGCCGCGGGAGGAGGCUUUCAAUGUCCUCAUCAGCCUCGUGUCGCGAGACGUGACGCUCUUCAACCUCAUCGCAUCAGACCUCAAGGAGCUCCACUACGUCCCAGAAUACAUGCUGAAGACCGAAUUCGGGUUCCAGCCUGUAAUCAAGCCACGCACCCCUGGCGCGUUUGUUGGGCUGAAGAACGCUGCAGCGACAUGCUACAUGAACUCUGUGCUGCAGCAGCUCUUCAUGCAGCCUGACACGCAGCAGCUGUUGCUGGGACAACUGAACAUCCCUGCCGAAAAGCAGGAGGACAGCGUGCUGCACCACGUGACCCGCAUGUUUGCCCACCUCAAGUACAGCGCUCGCCAGUACUACACGCCAAAGGGCCUGUGGCGCACGUACAAGCACUGGGGCGCCCCCGUGGAUGUGCGAGAGCAGCAGGAUGCAUGCGAGUUCUUCAACUGCCUCAUUGAUCAGGUGGACGAAGGGCUCAAGUCUCUGAAGAAGCCGGCAGCGCUCUGCCAAGUCUUUGGCGGCAUGUUUGUUGACCAGAAAAUCAUCAAGAGCGGAUGUUCACACCGGUAUGAGCGCGACGAGCCGUUUACAACCAUCCCGAUUGCCAUCCGCAACUGUAAGACGCUUACACAAGCCCUGGACAACUACGUUCAGGGCGAGCUGCUCGAGGGCGCAAACGCAUACAAGUGCGAGAAGUGCGAUGCGAAGCGCGACACGAUCAAGCGAACGUGCAUCAAGACGCUGCCUCGCGUUCUCGUUCUCCAGCUGAAGCGCUUUGAUUAUGACUGGGAGCGGGGCGUGCCUGUGAAGUUCAACGACUACUUUGAGUUCCCGGAUGAGCUUGACAUGGGCCCGUACACGGCUGCUGGCCGCGCUGCCGUCGAGGACGACGCUGGCGAGGUUCCCAAGGAGAUGUAUCGGCUUGCGGGCGUUGUUGUGCACAGCGGCCAGGCGAAUGGCGGCCACUACACGUCGUACGUGUGCCAGCGCGACCACGCUGGCAACAUGUCGGACAGGUGGCUCCUGUUUGAGGACCACGAGGUGACGGAUGUUGAGUUCAGCGGGGUGCAGUCCAUGGCGACGCAGUGGUUUGGCGGCGAGACCACCUCCCAGGUGUAUGACAAGCAGCUCGGUCGCACCGUCCCCCGGGUGCGCGACCGCUGGUGGAACGCGUACAUGCUCUUCUACGAGCGCGUCAACGUUGGCCCACUGGAGCUGGCACUGCCAAAGCCGUCACCGGCGGCGAAGGAGGAGGGAGCAGCAGCACGGGCCAAGGGCAGCGGGGACGCCAUGGAGGAAGGGAAGCAGGGCGAAGAAGAGGGGAAUGAAGAGGAGGAGGAGCAGCCGUUUACACAGAUUGACUGCACGCCGUCUGUGUCGCAGCGGCUGAAUGUGAUGCACGACAACAUUGUGUGGGGCCACCAGCGCGAGAUGUUCAACACGGAAUACUUUGACUUCAUCUUCCGCCUGGCUGGCGUUGUUGGCGACUGCAUUGAGGUGAGCAUUCCGGCCAAGGGCAUUGCCGCCCAACGCAAGUCGAAGACGGACGUGGUGGCGCUCGAUGACGCGGCGCAGCUGGACGCCCUCGCUGUUCAGGCAACGGACCUCUCCCUCGACUUUCUCCUCGGUGACGCCCUCCUGACGGACGAUGAGAUUCGGGACUCGCUUGAUGAUUGGCCGGUGACGCUGCGCCCGCUGCUGCGCCACUCGACCACCUGCCGCGAAAUGGCCCGGCAGCGCCUGCAGUCGGAGACAGAGUUUAUCAAGUUCCUCAUCCUCAACCCAGACGACGACGCGCGUGCGGCGUUUUCGCAGUUUGUGUUUGAGGUGGUGUAUGCGAGCAUCUUGGAGGAUGGCCCCGACGUCGGCCUCCCGCUCGCCACACACACGUGCAAGAUUGUGCACACGGCCCUCAAGACGAUUGGCGUGCUGCAGUUCUCGCAGAUUGGCGAGUCGUUCCAGCUGCUGCUGGAGUAUGUGAAGCUCGGCAGCCAGUACCGGCAGCUGAUGAUUGACCUGGACAUGAUGCCCAUCCUGCUCACUUUCCUCCAGCACAUGGGUGAACUCGGCCUGCAGAACCCGCUCUGCUUCAACCUGCUUGUGUCGCUGGUGAGCGUGCUGAUCCGGUCGAUGGGCAUGUCUUCGCUCCGCACCUGUGAGCCGCCGCAAGGGGUGAGCCCGCCGACGCUGCUGCUGCACGACAAGGAGAUUGGCGGCACGAGCCAGCCGCUGCCACUGCUUGAAUCUGUGUGCGCGCUGCUGCCGGACAGUUCGUUCUGGCGCGCGCUGCUUGAGCGGCACGCCGGCAACAUGUACGCCAUGAACAUGGUGUGCGAUGCCUGCUUCUGCAGCCAGCACGUCUCCUACGUGGUGAUUUUGACGUUGAAUGUGCUGGUGGAUGAGCUGCACCACUACGAGUUCCACCCGUACCUCAACCUCCUACAGCGCGUGUUCCAGAUUGACGACGGCAUGCGUCUGUACCGCUUCCGCCUCUCGUGCGAGGGCAACAACGAGCAGUUUGUCAGCCUCUUCCGUGUCAUCAACUUCUGCAAGAUGCAAUUCCACAAGAAGUCGUACUUUGUUGCGAAGGUGUUGACGUGGGCGCUGCUCAACUUUCCCGAGCUGCGCGAGUACUUGGUCUCGGACCGCGUGCGCAAGCACUGGAUCUGGGUCAUCAACUGGCUUGGGAUGCAGCUGCACACAGCCAUCAUGCCCGUGGAGCACGAGAGCAACGUGGACUCGAGGUCGUAUGCGAUUGAGCGGACGGACUCGGCGGUGAAUCUGCAUCGCGCUCUGCUGGCCUCGUGUGGCACCUUGACUGCCAAAGCACCAUCUACCGACAACGCUGAAGAAGACGAUGAUGAUGGCGAUGACGACGACGACGACGACGACAAUGAUGAUGCCAGUGAUGAGAAUGAUGAUGCGCAGGCCGCCAAGAAGGCGGCGGGAGGCAAGGCGCGUGCACGCUUGCGCGACGAUGACGAGAACGACGAUGGCGUUGAUGGUGGCAGCAACGCUAACAAUAUGAUGGAUGACAGCGAAGAAGGAUCAGCACCGUCAAAACAAGCGUCGAGCACACCCUCCAGUGACAAGGCUAACGACACGCACCAAGAUACAGAGCAACCACAGCACCAGGACACCCAAAGCUCCGCCUAAUUGACCCAUGAUUGACCAGUUCCACUCAAUUUUUCCCCCCUCAGCUUUUUCUCCCAUAUUUGUGCACUGUGAGAGAGACGGAGUGUGUGUUCACGUGGUUGCUGGUGUGUGCAGUGAUGGUGUUUGCUGCUGUGUUGUGCUGCAAGCACCUGCUGGCUCUCAGACAGAUAGAAGUUAUGUUCGUGGUGUUAGUGGUGUUUGGUGUUCAUGGUGUUGGUGUUCGUGUUCUGGUGGAUUAUUCUCAAUAAUUUCAACAAGUUUCCGUA